GGCCGCAGUGGGCCAAGUGGGGGAGAGUUGGCCUGUCAUAUGAUGGUUAGGUGUGCGGACGGUUUGUGCUGAUGUCUUUCGCCGAGGACGAAGACGGCUACUCGUCGAACUACCACGUCGGGUCCCUGCCGCGUGAUUAUGCCUACGGACCCGACGACGUUGAGGGCGACCCGGCACAUGCCACGCAAUGUGCGAGGAAAAGAAAAAUCCUCCUCAUGGGGUCCAAAGGGAGCGGGAAAUCAUCCAUCGAGAAGGUGGUUUUUCACAAAAUGUCACCAAAUGAAACACUGUUCUUGGAGAGCACCAACAAGAUAGUCCGAAAUGACAUAUCAAACAGUUCAUUCGUCAAGCUGGACAUCUGGGAUAUCCCUGGCCAGGUUGAUUUUGUUGACCAGGUGUCCGACUUCAAGAACGUCUUUGAUGGCUGGGGAGCCCUUGUAUUCGUAAUUGAUGCUCAGGACGAUUAUAUGGAGGCGCUGCAGAAGUUGAACAAGACUGUGGUGAUGGCAACCAAAGUAAAUCCAGACAUGAAGAUCGAGGUCUUCAUUCACAAAGUGGAUGGCCUCUCGGACGACCACAAGAUUGAGAUCCAGAGAGACAUCCACCAGCGGGCGACAGACGACCUUGCUGACAGGGGCCUUGACAGCGUCCAACUCAGUUUCUAUCUAACCAGCAUAUACGACCACUCUAUUUUCGAGGCAUUCAGCAAGGUGCUUCAGAAGUUAAUCCCUGAGCUGCCAACGUUAGAAAACCUCCUCAAUAUUUUCAUCUCGAAUUCUGGGAUUGACAAAGCAUUCCUGUUUGAUGUUGUGACCAAAAUGUACAUUGCAACUGACAACUCGCCCGUGGACAUGCAGUCUUACGAGCUCUGCUGUGACAUGAUUGAUGUCAUCAUCGACAUCUCAUCCAUCUACGGCUUGCAAGCUGACGGCGAAGGGAGCACCUUUGACAGCGAGUCGGCCAGCAUCAUUAAGCUGAACAAUGGAACAGUGCUGUACCUGCAGGAGGUCAAUCGGUUUCUUGCCCUUGUCUGCAUACUCAGGGAUGAGAACUUCGACAAACAGGGGCUCAUCGACUACAACUUCCAGUGCUUCCGCCAGGCCAUCCACGAGGUGUUCGAAGUACAGUGCCGGACAUCACAAUCAUCCGGAACGCCAGGUUUCAGCAACUCCGUAGACCUUAACCUCAGCAAUGGCUACCCGGAAGCGCGAUGAGCUCAUCCUUGUCUGAGCACCUUGCUCUCCUUGUUUGUGUCCUGUCACCUUUCUCUCAUGUACAUAAGCCCCUUUUGCGGUGUGGAUGUUUACGGACAAUGAUGAUUAGGUCGCAGAGACUCUAUACCCCCAAAAGAUCACCUGCCUGUUCUUAGGUAUUGAGUCCUCGCGUGCCAUUGUCAAACACCUACUAAAAAAAAGCUUUAAGAAGAGACGUUUUUAAAGUUAACCUAAACGACUCCCUCUGCCCCCUCCUGUUUUUGUUUGUUCGUGUUUUGUCACAUACUAAAUUAUGGGAUUUGCGUUAGUUGAAUAAAAAAUGCUAUGUUUCAUUACAA